AUGACUCAAGAACCCCCCUCGAACAACUCCUACCUCACAAACCCCGACAUUCGCGUCACAGAUUCACAUAUUUACUUCCUUCGCGGUAUCCUCUCCAACUGGCAUCCCAGCCCUGAGCCCUUCACCGGGAAACGCGCGCUCGAGCUGUGCCUUGCCCAACUCGACACGCUCGGAAUCCCACAUCCGGCCGGGGAUGCGACAUCUACGCGUCUCGUAGAGUCCUUCUCCUUCCGCCGAGGCGAGCAAUGGAUGAUGGCUAUGAAAGCCUGGCUGUUUGAACGCGACUCCGUCCCGCUCGGCGAGUCAGUCAUUGACAAGGAUGCCCUGGACGGGCUUCAAAGUGAGAUGCUCAACAUCAAGCCACUCCCUCGGACCGCAGACGCGCAGCGAAGAACACUCUGGGAAUCAUCGCUGUGCCGGAUCAUGCGCACGAAUUCGCCCAAGUCGCAGAAGAUGCUGGGGCGCAAGGUGCCGAACUUCAGGGAUGAUCUGUGGACGAAGGCGUCGGGGGCAGUUGUGGUUGCGGGGUGCGUAGCGCGGGCGGAGGUCGAUGACGAACUGAAGGGUUUAUACCUGGCAAGUGGGCGGAGGGUGUUUGUUGAAGGGAGUCGCCGUGAUCGCGUUUGGGGGGUUGGCUUGGACUGGAAGAGUCAGGAGAUUCUCGAAAAGAACAAUUGGCGGGGCUCGAAUCGGCUGGGAGAGGCCCAUGAUGACGCGGCGAGGAUGGUGAAGGCAAAAAAGACGAGCCCAUUGGAGGAGUAG